AUGGACACUUAUGAGGGUGAUAGCGAUCGCUCCCGCGAUCUGAUCGACAAGCUCGAGCCGGAGCCGAAGUCGAAGGAUCUCGAUCUCGAGAACCAGAGCCGCCGGCUGUCGCAUCACCAUGUCACGGCGAUUGACUCGUCAUCCACCUCGGAGAGUGUCGGCCGCCAGAUUGAAUUGGAAUCGGAGAAUACCAUUAAGUAUCGGACUUGCAGUUGGCAGAAGACUGCUGCUCUGCUCUUCUCAGAGUACAUUUGUUUGGCUAUAAUGUCCUUCCCUUGGUCGUACUCCGUUCUGGGUCUCGUGCCCGGUUUGAUCCUGACCGUUUUUAUUGCCGGUGUGGUGUUGUACACCUCGCUGAUUGUCUGGCGAUUCUGUCUGCGACACCCCGAAGUCCGCGAUGUGUGCGAUAUUGGCCAGUACCUGUUCUGGGACUCUAAGAUCGCUUGGUGGGCCACCGCGGUCAUGUUCCUUCUGAACAACACCUUCAUUCAAGGUCUGCACUGUGUUGUUGGUUCUGAGUACCUUAACACCAUGUCAGGUGGUGCAGUCUGCACGGUCGUCUUCUCGCUCAUUGUUGCGAUCACCUCAUUCGUGUUCUCGCUACCACGUACAUUUAGCGCAUUGUCCCGGGUUGCCACCUUCUCUGCCUUGUUCACGUUCAUCUCGGUCCUUCUGGCGACCAUCUUCAUCGCCGUUGAACCUCACCCUGCCGGGUAUCCUGAGAAGGGUGACCCGAUCGUUUUAGCCAUUCCCGCGAAGGGAACCAGUUUCAUAACGGGCAUGAGUGCGUUCCUGAACAUCAGCUACACCUUCAUCGGCCAGAUCACCCUGCCCAGUUUCAUUGCUGAAAUGAAGGAGCCGCGCGACUUCUGGAAGUCCGUGACCGCUGUGACCAUUGCCGAAGUGAUUGUCUUCAGUCUCGUUGGUGCUGUUGUAUAUGGCUACACGGGCGGCCAAUACGUCACCGCACCCGCCUUCGGCUCUCUCUCAAAUGAGACUUAUAAGAAGGUCUCAUUUUCCUUUAUGAUCCCCACGAUCAUCUUCCUGGGCGUGCUGUAUGCGUCCGUGUCAGCUCGUUUCAUCUUUUUCCGCUUGUUUGAAGGAACCCGCCAUAAGGGUAACAACACGGUGGUGGGCUGGGCCGCCUGGGCGGCUAUCUUGGCUGUCCUGUGGGUUCUGGCCUGGAUUAUCGCCGAGGUGAUUCCCUUCUUUUCGGACCUGCUGUCGAUCAUGAGUUCCCUGUUUGAUUCCUUCUUUGGUUUCAUCUUCUGGGGCGUGGCAUAUAUUCGCAUGCGGAGCGAAGACUACGGACCGGACUUCUACAAGACGCGUGGCCUGCGCGGCUGGUUGGGCUUCCUUUUUAAUGUGUUUUUGAUCUUCGUCGGUAUUUUCUUCCUUGGCCCUGGCACCUACGUAAGUACCAUUCACUCGAUGAUUCUCUUUUUAAUUCCGUCUUCCCUUACUCACCUUCAUUUCUUUCUCCAGGCCUCUGUCAUGUCCGUGGUCCGAAGUUACCAGUCCGGCACCGUGGCUGGCAUCUUCUCAUGCGCCAGUAACGCACUUUAA